AUGAUGGUGCGGUGCUGCUCAGCCGUGCGCAGAGCCCUGGCUCUCCUGGCGCUCCUGGGCCUCCUGUUUCCCAUCCGACAUGGGGCUUGCUCGGAGCUCGACGGGCGCGGCGGCGGCUCUGGAGACCAGGACGAGUCCCCGCGCUCAGGUGCACCCCCCCGGGGGGGCCUGCACAGACAAAGGCGCAGCUGGGUAUGGAACCAGUUCUUCGUGCUGGAGGAGUUCACGGGAAACGAGCCGCUUUACGUCGGAAAGCUCCACUCGGACAUGGACAAGGGCGACGGCAAGGUGAAGUACGUGCUGUCGGGCGAGGGCGCCACCUCCAUCUUCACCAUCGACGAGAACACGGGCGACAUCCACGCCACCAAGCGGCUGGAUCGGGAAGCGCAGGCCUACUACACGCUGCAGGCCCAAGCCGUGGACCGACUCAGCAACCUGCCUGUCGAGCCCCGCUCUGAGUUUGUGGUCAAAGUCCAGGACAUCAACGAUAACGAGCCCAAGUUCCUCGAUGGGCCCUACUUUGCUGGAGUGCCUGAGAUGUCACCCCUAGGAACCAUGGUGGCGCAAGUGGUGGCCACGGACGCCGACGACCCCACGUACGGGAACAGCGCCAGGGUGGUAUACAGCAUCGUGCACGGGCAACCCUACUUCUCCGUGGAGCCCAAGACAGGUGUCAUCAGGACGGCUUUGCCCAACAUGGACCGCGAGACCAGGGACCAGUACGUGCUGGUCAUCCAGGCCAAGGACAUGGUGGGCCAGAUGGGCGGGCUGUCCGGCACCACGUCCGUCACCGUCACGCUCACCGACGUCAACGACAACCCGCCUCGCUUCCCUCACAAGGUCAACCAGUACACCGUCCUGGAGUCGCUUCCCGUGCAGUCGGCGGUGGCCCGGAUCAAGGCGGCCGACGCCGACGUGGGCCCCAACGCCGAGAUGGACUACAGGAUCGUGGACGGGGACGGGCCCGGCGUCUUCAACAUCACCACUGACGAGAACACGCAGGAGGGCGUCCUUCUCCUUUUAAAGCCUCUGGACUUUGAAACCAAGAGCAGCUUCUCACUGCGCGUGGAGGCCACCAACAGGAACAUCGACUCCAACUUCCUGAACGUGGGUCCGUUCAGCGACACCACGUCGCUCAAGGUGACCGUGGAGGACGUGGACGAGGCGCCCGUCUUCGCCGCGCCAUUCAGCAGGAUGUCCGUCUCGGAGGACGCCCGCGUGGGCGCGUCCAUCGGGAGGGUGUCUGCGCACGACCCGGACACCUCCAACAACGGCAUCAGGUACUCCAUCGACCGCAACACGGACAUGGAGCGCUUCUUCAACGUGGACGCGCUGAGCGGCGUCAUCAGCACGGCCAAACCUCUGGACCGCGAGGCCAACUCCGUGCACAACCUCACCAUCCUGGCCAUCGAGAGCCAGGAUCCGAACCAAAUCGGCAAAGGCGUGGCCAUCAUCACCGUGCUGGACGUAAACGACAACGCGCCCGUCUUCGCCAUCGACUACGAGACCCUCCUCUGUGAAAACGCCAUGCCGGGCACGGUGAUCCAGACGGUCAGCGGCGUGGACAAGGACGAGCCUCAGAGCGGUCACCGCUUCUACUUCGCCUUGGAUGCCGCCGUUGCCGGAAACCUCAACUUCACCCUGCGGGAUAACAAAGAUAACACGGCGUCCGUUCUAACCAAGCGCGGCGGCUUCCGGAGGCGAGAGCAGCCCAUGUACCGGCUGCCCGUGCUGAUCGUGGACAGCGGCGGCCCGGCCCAGAGCAGCACCAACACGUUGUCGGUGCGCGUGUGCGAGUGCGACGCCGACGCCGUGCCGCUGUCGUGCGGCGCCGUGGCCUACACGGCCACCGGCCUGAGCACCGGCGCCCUCUUGGCUAUUUUGGGCUGCAUCCUCACGCUGCUGGGUAAGAAGCGUGCCCGACCUCGCGAAAAGGCAGAAGAAGAAGAAGUUCCGCUCAUCCUGGAGGAGGAGCGGGACAUCCGGGAGAACAUCGUCCGCUACGACGACGAGGGCGGAGGCGAGGAGGACACGGAGGCCUUCGACAUGGUCGCCCUGCGCAACCUCAACGUCAUCCGAGAUCCCGGCGCGCGGCGGGACGUCACGCCGGACACACCGACCUUCUUCCAGUACUCGUCGGCGACGGCGGCGACUCGUCCGGCUUACAAGUCGCUCCCCGACAACGUGGUGUUCCGCGAGUUCAUCUGGGAGCGGCUCAAGGACGCCGACGUGGAUCCCUCCGCCCCGCCUUACGACUCGCUGCAGACGUACGCCUUCGAGGGCAGCGGGUCGGUGGCCGACUCGCUCAGCUCGCUGGAGUCGCUCAGCACCGACUCGGACCAGAACUACGACUACCUCGGCAACUGGGGGCCGCGCUUCAAGAAGCUGGCCGACCUGUACGGCAACGCAGACGGUGCGGGAGCGGGCGGCGGAGGCGGAGGCGGCGCGGGCGGAGGCGGGGCCGUCUUCUCGUAGCCUUUGAACGUCGUCGUCGGGGGAGGAGGACACUGACGGACGGAUGAGAGAUUUAUUGUGAGACGAUUUAGUCUGGGAGAGAUACAAAGACAAGACGCGGGAAGUCGAGCGAAAGACUCUUCAAAAAGCUUUGGGUUUUGUUUACCUCCUGGGACGGAUCUGACUUCAAAUGUGUCGACUUUAAAGAUUUCUCUUUGGGCCUGCGGUGCAGACUCUGACUGCGCAAUGGGAAGCAGGUGGAGUGUUUCCACAUUGGCACGGGUUGUCAGUAACUGUCCUACCUGUGAUCCUUUGCGAUCUAAAAACAUGAAAGAUGUUCAAAAUCGGACCAAGUUUGUCUUCGGCAAAAGUUGAAUCGAGUCAACUGCACUCUUCAGUUGCCUCGAUUCAACUUGUGCGGAUCACCGUGACUUCGAUGACCAAGAAUCUUGACCCAGACAUACUUUACUCCCAAAAGGUUCGCAAUGUUCGGCUCGCAGGUGACAUUUCCGGAUCAACCUCUGAUGCACUGUAACAUUUCCAGUUACAGUUUUAAUUUGACCUUCUCUUCACGUGAAUGCCAAUAUUCAACUGUUCUUCAGUGUUUAUUUGCACAACUUGCUGUUCUCCGACAAGGAGUCGAACGCCAACAAUUCAACGGUUUUCUUUUUCUUUUUUGCAAAGAUGUCCACUUCGAUGCCUUUCUGUGACUCUUCCAGUCUCUCUGUAUGUCUGUCGCUACCUGCUGAUGAAACCCCGUGACACUCUACUGUUAAACUCAGUGGCCCCUUUUUUCAUCUGUCGAGAUUAUAGUGCAUUUUAGGUUGAUUCUGAAAUUUCACCAGGAAAGGCCAACAUUCGGAACUUUUUGUGAGUGGUGUCGUUUUGUCUAAUUUUUUUAAAUCGGCGGUGUG